AUGGUAGCCCAAGUAACAAAAAGUGGUCUUGUAGUGGUUCCGGAGCCAGGUCUAUAACAGGCUAGUAAAAGUUUAUAACCACAGAAAAGGGCCCAUUUUAUACGCGUACUUUUGCUAAUAAAACACUCAUAGUAGACUUGGCGAGCACCACUUAGAUCAAUAAUACACUUAUAGUUGGACUACGCAGAACUAUUUGCUCCUGCGAAGCCAGCUAUGAGCAUCUAACAGAACCAGCCACCACGACUUAAGCCCAUAAUACACUUAUAGUUAGACUCCGGAGAACCAUUUGCUCCCGCGAAGCUCACUAUUAGCAUUUAAUAGAACCAGACAGGCGUGUAACGUACUCCGCGCUUCUAUUACUAGCUACUUCAAACAUUUGUGAAUUGUUAUUGUGUUAUGUUGUGCGGUCGUGGAGAAAAAUAAAAAAAAUAAAAGGUAAGUUCAUCUAUUAUAUAUAAAAUAUAUUAAUAAGUAUUUCGCACGAAAUAUUAUACGUGCAUACGUGUGUGCACGGCAAACGCGUAAGUAUUUUCGGUGAAGUAUAUUGUGUUUUACAUCUCAAUUUUUGUUCGCCUUUUGAACACGGCGUAUUUACAAAGUUGUGUUUAAAAAUAAUAUUAGUCCUAACAGCAUUGUCGCGCCAUAUUGUGACGAAUUAGAGUUCCGCACACAAAUGUCUUAAAUGCUUGCUAAACUAAGAGUUUAUUAUUUUUAUGUUUUAGUUGUGACUUGGAUCGAACUACUAUGGUCAUAUUUCUAGACGUAGACCGUUUUUUGACUAAAAAUGAUAUCCGAGCCUUAAAAACUGCGAGAUGGCCUUGGAUUGAAACUCAUUUCUUGUUAUCUCGCAAUUGCCAUGGUUGUGGCAAGAGAGUUUCAACAUAUUCUGGAGAAAGGCCAGUUCAUAUUGUUUUGAAGGAAGAACACAUAAAAUUAUUGUUAAACGAAAAAAAUUUUUGGUGUGAAAAUUGCAACUUCGCCGUUUAUGACCAUUUCACUAGUGACGAAUGUGAACUAGGUAAUUAAUUUUAUUACUUCAUUUCAUAAAUAUUUUUUAAAGAUUGUAAUUGCUGCUUGGUGGAAAUCAUCCGUAAAUAUACUAGAUAAGUAUUUCUAGGGUUUAACCUGUGGUAUAACUGCGGGGAAUCCCUGUGUUAUGUAGGUAAUGUUUGAACUGAAGUUAGCCGCGCGCGCGGGAUAGCUGGCGCGGCGCUCGCUCGCCAGUCGCAUGCCGCGUGCGUGUCUGUUCUUGUUCAGUAAGCUCUUAGUUAGCUGUGCUAAUGUGAUGACGGCGGACGUGCGUGAAUAAUAUUGAGCAAUAAUUUUUCGUUUACAUCACAAAGGUUGAUGUUAUGCACUGCUUACUUAACCUGUUCAUCUGACGCCCACUAGCACCAAAGAUAAACCACCGGCGCCGGUUAACCGAACUUUGACAACAUCAUACCAUAGGAACAUAUUUUGGGAUAAGUAUUGGUGCAGGUGGGAACUAAGGACUAAAAUUUCAAUUGUUCUUGCAUCUUGACUCAUGACGCCUUGCGUACCUGAACCGGUGCUUUUCUUAGUGCUUACGUUCGUCCCUAAUAUUCUACCUAUAUCGUUUAAGCAAAAUUGUAUUACGUGCAAAUUAACUUGUGUGCGUUUCACAAGUGAGCUCUCUUUUCGUUAUGUUGGCAGCAUGCGAAAUUGUUCGAAAAUAAUCCGUAGGCUCAUGUAAUAAGGACGUUCAUUAAAGAAUGGGCAUAAGGACGUCCUUAUUGCAUCUCCAUACAGAUUAUUUUUGGACAAUUCGCAAUGCUGCCAAUAUAACGGAGCUCUAUGUAAACUAUUGCAUCUGUCUCCGUAAGUUCGUUCGGUUUGUUUCUUAUGGUUUGAUGUAUUAUAAAAUGUAUUUAUAGUUACAUGUAUUUUUUUACAGAUUCCUGCCAUGCCUUUCUCAGUAGUGCAAACAAUUGAAAAAGGCGAAUUAAGAUUAACGGCCGUACCAGAUCUGUGGGUGCAUAAUAAAUUACUUUUUUGGCCAAAGAAGUCAGCAGAUAAAUUAAGGAGGCAGGAAAAUAGUUCACCUGAUGCUUCUUGGGAAAUCAUGUCAUGUGAUGUAAAAAGAAAAAAUCUUAAAACAUUUCAAGAGGCACAGGAUGAAAUUAAUACAAUGAGUGACAAAUCAGAUACUGAAACUGACGAAGGAGAUACGAACCGUCGAUCAUUACGCAAGGAAAAAUAUCCCUUGCCAGAUAAAUCUUUCAACGAAUUGGCGAAGACUUUAACAGAUAAUCAUAAUCAAAUGCUAAGUACCACAACACCAGUCACUCAAGUAGCCCAGAAAUCCCAAGAAGACACAAAUUGCUGUUUUGUGCCCCAAGACCAGAUUGUUGGUACAGUCGAGGGCAAUAUUCCUGUCACAAUUCCGGAAUCGAAUUUCCUCUUUUAUACACAUACAGAACCGGAAAUUUCAACACCAACUAACGAGAUUGAAGCUAUUAAGGAGAGCAUAGCAACCAUUAUAGCCAAUCAAAAUUCCUUACAUGAAAUCCAAACUAAUAUGUGUGUAAAGAUCUCAGAAAUACAAACAGAGCUAAGAUCAUUCAUAAAAAUGAGCGUAUCACAAAAAAGAGUUGACGAAGAGCCAACUCUAAUAAAAAAUAUCAAAGACCUUGAGGAAUUUGAAAAAAAUCUAUCAAAUAGAACAUUCAAAGAUAACAUGUUGAUGAAAUUUGUCGGUGUGUGUUCUAAAGGUUUGGGCAAAGGCGGCGUAAAUGCCUACCACUUGGUCGAUUCUUUGUUUGAAAGAAAUUUUCUUAAGCAAUGUACGUGGACUGGCUUUUCCAAGAAAGAAGCAGUAAAAAUAUGUUUUAAAGCGUUUACGAGAACGAUUUCUCUUUUUUUUGAUAUUAUCCACGCAACAGAUGAAAGUUUUACAAAAGUGGACUGCGAUAAAUUUUUUAAAACUAUUUUGAAAAAUGCUCAUAAACGCAGCGAAAGCAAUCAGAGGAUGUCGGCUCCAAAAGUUAGAGUAAUAAAGAGAAAAAGGACAGCAAAAACUCUUCCAAUAGAUGUGCCGAUUGAGAAUGUUAACGGAGAGGGCUCCGGUCAAAACAGCGUCGAGACUCCCGAUUUAAACAAUGAAGAGAGAUCUGACCAAAAUGAUGUUGAGAUUUUCUAUCAAAGUGAUGAAGAGAGGCCUGAUAAAACGACGAAGGGAUGUCCGACUAAUUGAGUACGUAGUUAAUGUUUUCAUAUAAUGUUUACACACCUACAUUUGGUAACUCGAUUCAUUUUUUGUCGCUGAUUUUUGAAUAAUCCUAGAUUAGGUGGGAAUAAUUAAUUAUUGAUGGUGAUAUUACUUAACAAGAGGUUAAGUUUUCAUAGUUGUUAUUUCUAAGUUUAUUUUAAAGUUCCUUUGGUAGCUAAGACUUGUUGGUUGAAUAAAAGAGCACCUAUUUAACUAAACGUGAAAAAAGUGAUUUUUGAUGUACCUAUAUAACAAAAUUUUGUAUUGUAGUACUUAUACCUAAAAUUAAAAAGCAAACAAGCUAUGUAGAAAAUAGUAGUACCAAUAGUAAAAGCUGUUUGUAUUGAUGAAUGCUAUCAUCUGCUUAUGGGAUCAAAACCUUCGAAACGGGUUGGAAGAUUUUUGUGUGGAGCCUGAGGGGUUGCGUCCCACCUACAACUUUUCUUGUGAAAAGUCGUAGCCAUUGAUGGAACUUCCAUAAAUCGAUAGAUUGUUUCAAUACGAAUCGAAACUGAAGAGUGAUAAAAUCUCUUAAAGUGUCACAUUUCCGAGAUACAGGCCAUCAAACGUUCUAAUAUUGGAGUUUUGAAACUUUUGACAGCCUUUACCUUGGAAAUGUGAGAUUUUAUCACUCUUUAGUUUCAAUUUGUAUUAAAGCGAACUAUCGAGUUAUGGAAGUUCCAUCAAUGGCUGCGACUUUUCACAAAAAAGUUGUAGGUAGGCCGGGCCCAACCUAGGCCAAAUGCUGUUUUUACCAUAGUUUUGUAUAUUUUUUUUAAUUUGUUGGAAUUGUGAGUUUUGUUCAUUAAUUUUUAAGCACAUAAUUUUUUAAUGUUAAAUUUUUUAACUUUUUUUGUUUAACCUACAACUAUAGAGUAUUUCGUUAGCAUAACUUAGUAAUCUGACGAAUUUUGGCUAUUAAUUUUAAAGUCACGUUUGGUUAGUCAAAAAUUAUAUUUAUUUUUAUCUAUAUGUAAGCAUAAAUAAAGGAAAGGAAGUAUUUGAUACACAAGAUACUGAAGGACUUGUAAUUGUGAUAAAUGAUUGUGACUGUUUCUUGUCAAUAUGCUAAAGGAAAGGAACGUGAUUACCUCAUUGAUUAUACCUUUUAAGAUUGAUUUUGGUCUCGCUUUAAGAUUAUUGUAAUAAAAAAAAUUGUUAUUGAAAUAAUAAAACUUUAAUUUUGAUUA